AUGUUGCUGCUGGCGGCGCACCGGCUGCGGCAGCUGUCGCCAGAGCUCGCUUCCGAGGGGUCGAUCGAGGGUGCUGUGGUGGGAUGCCUCAACUGGGACGGCAGCGUGGCGCUGCGCAGUGUGGUGGCGGUCAAGCAACUGGACACUACGCGUGAUGGCUCGAUCGACCGGGAGGCAACGCUGCUGCGCCUGUGGCCGGGCGAGCCGGUGCCUGUGCCUCUCAGCCGGCUGCUCAGCCAGAGCGGCCUGGCAGCAGCAGCACCGAUGGUGUGGUCGGCGGCGCUGACAGCGUUCAGACAGGCGGAGAAGUUGUAUCAUGCGGGCGGCGGUGGCAGCAGCAGCGCUGUCGUCGGUGACUAUGGCGGUGGCGCGCACCUGGGGGACCGCGCGUCAUGCGUGCUGGUUGCCCUGCGCCUGGCCAAGCUGGCGCUGCUGCAGCAGCCGCUGGCGGAGCUGUCGGCCCUGAUGCAGCAGGCCCUGCUGCAGCAGCUACAGGAUCUGGAGCAGACGGAGCUGGCCCCGCAGACACAAGCAUGGUGCAAUCCGCCAGGAUGGGAGGGCCAGCUGCGCAAUUUAGAAGGCGCGAAGCAGCACCAGAAACAGCAGGAGCAGCAGGAGGACCAGCAGGAGGGGCAGCAGGACGAGGAGCAGCCGGAUGAGGAGGAGCAGCAGCAGCAGCAGCAGCAGCAGGAUUUUGGCUGUGCUCAGCAUGCUUAA